AUGGCGAGCGACGCCGCCGAUCGAGGACGACGGACGAUGGAUGGUCACGCGAUGGUCCUUCGAGCGAGCGAUCGCGCGGAUAACGAGGACAUCGGCGACGUGAACGAGGAUCGCGCGGAUGAAAUUGCGACGAGCGGGACGAAUUCGAGCGCGGCUUCCGACGCAUCGGACGUCCUGGACGACGACCGCGCGUCGCCGAGCGCGAUCGAGGGACGUCUGAGCACAUGCGAGCGAACGGUCGAUCGGUCGACGAGCUCGUUCACGGAGAGCGAGAGCGAACCGCUCGAGCAAGAGGGAGGGACGCGGGAAGAAUUCGCGAGGUCGGCGAGUCCGAGCGCGAGCGCGCUGAACGUGGCGUAUCCGAUGUUUUUGAGCGAUGAGCGACAUCACCUGGCGUUAGUGACUUUGGAUGAUGUGAAUGAGGGUGACGUGGCGGAAGACUUGCGGCAGGAGUGGCGAACGAAGGAUCGGAUGAAGACGGUGAGCGUGGCGCUGGUGCUGUGUCUGAACAUCGGCGUGGACCCGCCGGAUACGAUGAAGAUAUCGCCGUGCGCGCGGAUGCAAUGCUGGAUUCAGCCGAUGACGACGCAGCCGCAGAAUGAGUUGGACGCGAUAGGGAAGGCGCUGCAGGCGCAGUACGAGCGAUGGCAACCGAGGGCAAAGUACAAGCUGCAGCUCGAUCCAACGACGGAGGAUAUGAAAAAGUUGUGCAUCUCGUGCAGGAGGAACGCGAAGAACGAGCGCGUUUUGCUGCACUACAACGGACAUGGCGUCCCGAGACCGACGGCAAACGGAGAGAUUUGGGUGUUCAACAAGUCUUACACGCAGUACAUUCCCUUGUCUGUGUAUGAUUUACACUCUUGGACAGGGACGCCGGCGAUUUACGUCUUCGACUGCUCCAACGCCGGGUUAAUCGUUAAAUCUUUCCUGAAACUAUCCGAUCCGGCGCAGCCGCAGCCGAAGGCGGGCGUAGAUUUGGAACAACGUCAGAGUGGUGGUUCAAUGGCGUUCGCUCAGCUGGAGCACGGCAUGCGAUCUGGCGUGCAAGACUCUGGUUUUGGGCCGAGCGCCACGGCAAACAGUGCAAACGAGUGCAUUUUAAUCGCCGCCUGCGGCGCGAAUGAACUCUUGCCGCAGUCUUCGGAACUUCCCGCGGAUAUUUUCAGCGCGUGUUUAACAACGCCCGUGAAAAUGGCCCUGCAUUGGUUCUGUUCCAACUCAGUAUUGCACGAACACGGGAUAACCGUAGAUAUCAUCGAUAAAAUUCCCGGAAUGCAGAACAACCGCAAGACGCCACUCGGCGAGCUCAACUGGAUCUUCACGGCGAUCACCGACACCAUAGCCUGGAACGUAUUGCCACGGAAGUUGUUUCAGCGCCUGUUUCGGCAAGACUUGCUCGUCGCCUCGCUGUUCAGAAAUUUUUUACUGGCCGAGCGCGUCAUGCGAGCAAACAAUUGCACGCCCAUUUCAUCUCCCAGGUUACCGCCCACACAUCAGCAUCCCAUGUGGGCCGCUUGGGAUAUGGCGGUAGAGCAAUGUCUGUUGCAAAUGCCAUCGCUGAUCUCCGGCGAUCCUGAUGUUGAAUUCGUCCCUUCGCCGUUCUUCACCGAUCAGCUCACCGCAUUCGAGGUUUGGUUAGAAUACGGGAGUGAGCACGACUCUCCGCCAGAACAACUACCGAUCGUUUUACAGGUGCUGUUAUCCCAAUCGCAUCGUUUGAGAGCGUUGAUUUUGCUCGGACGAUUUUUAGAUUUAGGGCUGUGGGCUGUCGAACUCGCGCUGUCGGUUGGUAUCUUCCCGUACGUGCUGAAACUACUUCAAACAACGGCUCCAGAGCUGCGCCAGAUUUUAGUUUUCAUUUGGACCAAGAUUCUCGCACUCGAUCGAUCGUGUCAAGCUGAUUUGGUCAAGGACGAUAGCUACAAUUACUUCGUUCGUUUCUUACAGAGCUCAAGCGUACCAGUUGAAGAGCGCGCUAUGGCGGCGUUCAUCUUGGCUGUUAUCUGUGAUGGUCAUGAGAAGGGACAAAGCGUGUGCCUUGCGAGCGGCUUGCUGAACAUCUGUCUUUCCAAUAUUCACGAUGCUGCACAACCCGAGACUGGUUCGCCGUUUUUCCUUCGAUGGCUGUGCCUUUGUCUUGGAAAGUUAUGGGAGGAGAAUUUCGAGGCUCAAAAAGUUGCGUGCAGCGCCAAAGCCCACGAGCAGUUGAUUCCGCUGUUCAGCCAUUCUUCUCCUGACACCCGCGCGGCAGCCGUGUACGCGUGUGGAACGUUUAUCUCGUUUGGAUGCGUUCGUGAGAGUCAUCAAGAUGACGAUAUUGACAGGCAAGAAUCUCACGAGCCGUUGAUGCACGCCAUGUCGUCACAGAACGUGCUCGGCACAAAGACCUCGGGUUCAGGAAGCGCAGACACGCCGAACACUGUAGGUCUAUUCAUUUCUCCUGGGGCAAUCGCGAGCAUGGAAAUCACAAUCGCGUACCAGUUGCUUCGAACUGCGGAAGACGCGAGUCCAAUGGUCAGGAUCGAAACAGCAGUCGCCCUUGCCCGUAUAGCAACAGCGCACUCCAUGAUGAUCCGCGAAUCUUUGGUCGCAUGGAAGCGCGACUACGACUCAGUCACGGCAAAGCGUGUCGUCGAUGCGAAACGCAGCGAGGCAAUGGGUGUGCGUCGUAGAUUUUCCAGCGGAACUUCAUUCAGCGGGAUGGACCACUCUCUCGGUUCCAACAUGUCCACUGUUGACGAGGAUGAUAACAUGCCAAUGAGCGUCGAAAGCGUCGCUCGCUCUGCAGAUGAACAGUAUGCCACGAGUGAUAACACAAUGCCUACUACCGCUGGUACGCUUCCACCUCCGUUUCCACGCUCGCAUGACUCAGCUGACCCGGUCGAGUCUAGAACGCCCGAGGGAACCAAGGGAACUGUGUACACACUCAUUCUUCAGGCCUUGCUCAAUCUCGCGACGGAUCCGGUUCCAGCGGUUGCCAAGGCUGGUUGCCAUGCGUUACACGCAGCGGACAUCGACCAGAGUCAUCCCAUCAUGCAAAUGGUUACGAAAGCUGGUAAUUUUGCCGAGGUUGAACCUGUGGUCCGCAGGUUGUCUGCGUCACAGCGACGUCGACCUUCGUUCGCGAGUCUGGAUUUCGGCACGCAUCACGAGCGUUCCUUUUCAAAGGAUGUUGGUGUAAGUCCAAACGGUGGAGGGUUGACACGUACGGACUCGUGGCAUCAGCGCCUGGCUAACCUCGGCUCUUCCCUGGGCUCGCGGUUGCUAGGAUCGCCGACCAAAUCAAAGCCCGUGUCCAAACUGAGCGGCAAUCGCUCUGAGCAACAGCUCAGCCCAUCAACUGGGUCUGUGGGUCUGCGAACGUCGACAAUUAGAGGGAAGGGGAGAAAAUCUCAGGCGCUCGACAGUCCGGUUUCUAGUGCCGGCCAUCUUCCAGCGUUGGUCAUCCCAAGUACGCGCACAGAGCAGUUGCGUAAUUCGCCGACAAGCCUUUCAACUCUGCGAAGAACGACGAGCAAUCUGAUCACAGAUCACAGUGUUGAGCAGGAUAGUUUAGGUCAGCAACGCAUUUUUGGGUCGCAUGCCUCGCUUGACUCACUAGAUAGCACGCUUUCUCCUCGAUUAAAUCGAUCGGAGGCGAUGCAUGGAUACGCAUCUGACGAUGUCCACGACGCUCAGCUUCCGAAGAGCAUCAUUUACAAGCGCAGCUGCGGUCACUUUUCCACGCCUUUGCUAGAGACGGCGCAGGACGAAGACGACGAUGAUGACGAUGAGAUUGAAAGUAGCAUCUCACCUUGGAUGCGACCACCCGAUAUGAAGCGUCGCGCCGAGCGAUUGAAGAUGAUACGUGAGAGGAGCAAGGAGACUUUGGGCGGUGGCGAACGGCGACUCAAAAUGACCGAGUACGUGUCGAGCAUCGAUGUGGGCGGUGGCGUGACACCUACUUCGAUUCUUAUGCACCCGUUUGAACCGCACGCAUUCACUGGCGACAGCACGGGGCGGGUGCACAUCUGGAAUCACAAUUCAUCGCGCAUGGUGAAUAAAAUUGAAACCGGCAUGAAGAGCGUGAACUUGCUAUCGUUGGUGAACGAAACCGACGACGCACUCUUGCUGACGGGAUGCGAAGACGGCACGGUGAAAAUAUGGCGUUCUUACGAUUCGAUUCAGAAAGAAACUCUCGUCACCGCAUGGAAUACCCUGCCUGCGCAACCGAUUGUGUCCGAGAACGGUGAGAUCAGGAGUGGAUUGCCGCUGUCGUUUUACAAACCGUCGACGCACUACAAGGCGCACGAAUCCACGCAAGCGGCGAUUGUGUGGCAGCAGCUCACCGGGUGCUUAUACGCUACUGGGAACGCGCCCAACCCGUUUCUUCGCGUGUGGGACGUAUCAAGCGAGAUCUGCCGCGAUACUUUGAAUCUCCAGGCUCAGGGCACUUGUCUCACCGCGGAGGGCGCCUUACUCAUGGCUGGUACGCACGACGGCGCGGUGCUUUCGUACGACUUGAGAGCCCCAGCGCGUUUACUAAGCGCGAUGCAAACGCAUACCACGCCAGUUAUAUCGAUCCUUUUGCAGCCUGGUGGCGUUAACAACCUUCUCGUGACUGGUUGCUCUGAAGGACAGCUCAAGUUUUGCGACUUGCGCAACGCGUCAAAGCCGUUUCUAAUCACCGAGGUGUCGAAACAAUCGACGACGUCGAACAACGGUCCAGCACUCACUGCGCUCGUUGGUCACUCGCAUGCUCAAGUCAUCGCAUCUGGUUCAUCUGAAAGAGCGAUCAAGCUUUGGGAUCUGCGCGGACAUAACUUUGCCGCAAUCCAGUACACGAAUAGCUUCCUUGGUCAACGAAUCGGCUCGGUUACAGCGCUCGCAUUCCAUCCGAACUCUGCGUACCUUGCCGCUGGAUCUAACGCGGGUCACGCGACGAUUUAUGGUCCUCAUUUCUGA